AUGUGUGACACGUUCGUUCUAAACAUGACCAGUUUGAAGACAUUUGGUAAGUAUUUUGGGAGAGAUGUCUCUGAACCAGUGGAAGACACAGACCCCAGCUGUUUUGUGGCAGAAAUGUCCCUGAAAUCAAACUAUCCUGUUCAAGUAACAGAUCCACAAGACACUGUAACGCUGCAAUUCAGCUCCAUGCUCCCUGGAUAUCUCACUCCCUCCAUCAACAGGAUAAGACAGCCAGUCGAGGAUGAUGGAAGUGGGUUAAUUAAUCCAGGAUCAAUUUCAGCUGAUCUCCAGUGUUCAUCAAUUAGCCCAUGUGAGAAAUGCUGUUGUUCUGCUCCUCCUCCCAAAAUAAGCGACCUGCUGGAUGAUGAGGACCUGCUCUACACACUGCGUCUGAAGCUAGACCCAUCCCACUGUACCAUCAAAAACUGGAAAAACUUUGCCAGUCGCUGGGGAAUGACCUACGAUGAACUGACCUUCCUGGAGCAGCGAACCCAUGGAUCAACCAAUCAAAGUCCUACACAGGAGUUUCUGCUGCGCUACAGCCAGAAGUCAGUCAUGGAGUUGACAGAACUCUGCCAGCUUUACCAACGCAUCGAUGUGCUGCGUCUCUUACAGCAUUGGGUUGAGAAUGACUGGCCCUUGCGUUGGCAGAAACAGCAUUAG